UUGUCCUAUGAAAUUACUGUUCAGGUUCUAUACAUCACUUUCCCAAUUCGACGUGAUAAUGGCGAAUUUGAAGUGAUUGAAGCAUGGCGUGCUCAGCACUCUGAGCACCGAACACCCACAAAAGGUGGUAUCCGUUACUCAAUGGAUGUCUGUGAAGAUGAGGUCAAAGCCUUGUCUGCUCUGAUGACAUACAAAUGUGCGGCUGUCGAUGUACCAUUUGGUGGAGCUAAAGGAGGUGUCAAGAUCGACCCAAAACAAUAUACUGACUAUGAAAUUGAGAAGAUCACCCGACGUAUUGCUAUCGAAUUCGCUAAGAAGGGAUUCCUUGGGCCCGGAGUCGAUGUGCCAGCACCUGAUAUGGGAACUGGAGAACGUGAAAUGGGAUGGAUUGCUGACACCUAUGCACAGACCAUUGGACAUCUUGAUAGAGAUGCAUCCGCUUGCAUCACUGGAAAACCCAUUGUUGCCGGUGGUAUUCAUGGACGUGUAUCAGCAACUGGACGAGGUGUUUGGAAGGGUCUUGAGGUGUUCACCAAAGAACCGGAGUACAUGAACAAGGUUGGACUUUCACUUGGAUUGGAAGGAAAGACCAUUAUCAUUCAAGGUUUUGGUAAUGUCGGACUUCACACUAUGCGUUAUUUGCACAGAGCUGGAGCCAAGGUUAUCGGAGUACAAGAAUGGGAUUGCGCCGUUUUCAAUCCUGAUGGUAUUCAUCCCAAGGAACUCGAGGACUGGAGGGAUGAGAAUGGUACCAUCAAGAACUUCCCCAAGGCCAAGAACUUCGAACCCUUCGCAGAACUCAUGUAUGAGCCAUGCGACAUUUUCGUACCAGCCGCCUGUGAAAAGGCUAUUCACAAAGAGAACGCCAACAGGAUCCAGGCCAAGAUCAUCGCUGAGGCAGCUAAUGGUCCAACCACCCCAGCCGCUGACAAGAUCCUUCUUGAGCGUGGGAACUGCUUGAUCAUCCCUGACAUGUUCAUCAACUCUGGUGGUGUGACUGUGUCAUACUUCGAAUGGCUGAAGAACCUCAACCACGUCUCUUAUGGUCGUCUUAGUUUCAAAUAUGAAGAAGACUCAAACAGAAUGCUUUUGCAAUCCGUACAAGAGUCCUUGGAGAAGGCUCUUAACAAGGAAGCUCCAGUGCAUCCCAAUGACGAGUUCACGGCCAGGAUUGCUGGAGCAAGUGAAAAGGAUAUCGUACAUUCCGGUCUAGAGUACACGAUGACCCGCUCGGGUGAAGCCAUUAUUCGCACAGCCCGAAAGUACAACUUGGGCUUGGAUAUCCGCACAGCGGCUUAUGCAAAUUCUAUUGAAAAAGUAUAUAAUACCUACAGAACUGCCGGUUUCACAUUUACUUAG